AUGAAUGGUACUCCCUAUGGGUUUUUUAAACCUACCCGGGGUCUUCGUCAGGGGGAUCCGCUCUCCCCUCUACUUUUUGUUUUGUGCACUGAAGGGUUCGCCGCUUUGCUCCGACGUGCUGUCAAUGAAGGGAAACUGGAGGGGAUUAAGGUGGCCCCCCGCGCCCCGCGGAUCUCACAUUUGUUUUUCGCGGAUGAUUCAUACUUGUUUCUACGAGGAUCACUUUCGCAGUGUGAGAAUUUGAUCGAUGUACUAAAUGAGUAUGAGGAGCUGAGUGGACAACGGGUGAAUUUGGAGAAAUCAGCGGUCUGUUUUAGUAAGAAUGUGGCCAUCCCAGAUCAGGAGUUUUUAGCCCAGAUCCUGGGCGUGGGCGCGGUGGGAGUGCAGGAUAAGUAUUUAGGGUUACCAACUCUGAUUGCCCAAUCCAAGAUGGCUACCUUUCGGUAUGUGGAAGAGCGUUUGUUAGCUAGGCUGCAAGGGUGGGCUAGACGUACGUUGUCUUUGGCGGCGAAGGAGAUACUGCUCAAAUCAGUUGCCUCGGCCCUGCCUUUGCAUGUUAUGUCUUGUUUUAAGCUCCCUCUCUCGUUGUGUCGUGCUUUGGAUAGACUUGUGGCCAGAUUCUGGUGGGGAGUUGAGGAUGGACGGACUAGAUUGCGGUGGAUGUCGUGGAGGAAGAUGUGUCGGAGUAAGCAUGAUGGGGGCAUGGGGUUCCGUCGGUUUAAACACUUUAAUCAAGCUCUCUUGGCGAAAAUUGGGUGGCGCAUUCUGGAAGACCCAUCCUCCCUUCUGGCGCGGGUGUACAAAGGGAAGUAUUUCCCGACUGGGUCCUUCCUCAGUGCUACUGCUCGGUCACGUCCGUCGUGGGGGUGGCAGAGUGUGCUUUAUGGGCGGCAGCUCUUGUUGAGGGGUCUCCGGUGGCAGGUUGGGAAUGGGCGCUCCGUGUCGGCCUUAGAGGACAGCUGGGUUCCGGCAUUGCAUCCUCAGCCUCCCCUAGCUAACCCACUGGUUCUUCCAAGAGAGGGAAUCCUGAAGGUGGCUGAUUUGCUGUGCCCAGGGGAAGGCCGUUGGUCGGAAGAAAAGCUGUGCCAGUGGUUUUCUCCGGCUUCGAUUAAGGCGAUCAAGGCGAUUCCCCUGUCGAGGCAAGAUAUUGGGGAUAAAUUAAUUUGGCACGAGACGGGUGAUGGGGUGUUUUCAGUCAAGUCUGCUUAUCACUUGGCCGUCGCAGUUGAUGCGCAGCAGGGUCACUGGGGACCCACGGUUAGUUUGAUGGACCGUCCAAGCUGGAUUCGGUUGUGGGGCCUGCCAAUCCCUCCCAAAUUAAAGAUUUUUUUGUGGCAGGUCAUGCAUAGGUUCCUACCAACUACGGAGGCUCUCCGCGAGAGGGAUGUUAUGGUCCAUCCCCGUUGUCCGGUGUGUUGGGGGGCGUCUGAAACUAUGGAGCAUCUUUUUCUGGAAUGUCCAGUGGCGAGGAAUCUUUGGGAGCUUGCGGGGAUGGGUCAUCUUGGUGAAGGGCUACCCCGACAUUCGUUCCCAUUGUUUCUCAAAAAGUUGCUGAUGCUCCUCCGCGGCCCUGAGGAAGUAAUGGCACUUGUAGCUCUCCUUUGGAGGAUUUGGAAGUCCAGGAAUUGGGUUGUCUUUGAGGGCAAGCAGUUUGAUUUUCCUGCUCUUGUGCGCCAGUUUUGCCAGCAGGUUGAGGAAUGGCGCUCGUUGCCAGCCCCUAGGGUUGAUGGUGCUCCUCGGCUGGAUGGAGUAGCCUUGGUUCCUCCUAAUCCUGACACUUUAGUGUGCCGGUGGGACGGAGCGACUAGACGGGGGUCUCACUCGGCUGGUGGGAUGGUUCUUCUGGAUCAAGGUGGGGUUCCCCGAAUGGCCUCGGCAGUCCGUUUCCCUGGGAUGGAUGAUCCCAUGGUUGUGGAAUUACUUACUCUACGUGAGGCCAUGAUUUGGUGUACCCAGGAGGGGCUUGAACAGGUAAGAUUCGAGGGUGAUGCUCAGGUGGUGAUCAAUCGGCUUGCGGAGUACCCAGUGCAGGAUAGUCGUGCAGGUGCUAUUUUUCAAGAGGUCCAGCGUUAUAUGGGGGAGCGGGAGGGAUUUAGUGUCCGGUUUGUUGGUCGGCGUAGUAAUAGGGUAGCCCACUUGGUGGCUCGCAAAGCCCUUUCUUUGUACCCGACGAUGAGUCGUUCGUUUGAUUUCGUUGCCUGGCUGAGGCACUCGCUGUAA